AACAGAGCCCGUUCACUUGUUUCCCCCAGCAAACAUUGUUGCUGCUUGUGAUAGGGCCGCACGUGUGGGGCUCGCGCACCCAAGCUUUAGCGAUCUGGGCCGAAGCCAGAUAGAGUUGGGUCAAAGCCUCCCCUUCACGCAGCCUUGCGUCAUGUUCUGGGAUGUGCGACUAUGACGGUAAUCAAGGUCUAUGUUGUCGAUUUAAUACAACUGCGCACUUCAGCCUGCUCAAUUCUUCUUCUUGGCCACGCUGAUGCUUCGCAGUUAGUGCUACAUAAAAUUAUUUGUGAUUGUACCUGUCGACCACUGUUUGCUUCGUUAGAAGUAUAGAUAUAAUGUCUACGUCAUUUGUUACACCCUCCGACGAGACUUCGAAGGACAAGCGUUCCAAAUGGCGGCUCUCGAACCCAUUCAACAAGGACAAGGAAGCUAGCAUUGGACAAUCAGGUCUGGUGCCGAAUAAUGCAAGAGACUCUGCGUACGGCGGCAGCGAGACGACAUCGGAUGCAAGCCCUGCGGUGAGCUCUCAGACCGUUCCAACCAUAUCUCAGGGUCAAGCAGAGAUGCAAGGGGCACCCGUGCAGACCAGGACCGAUGCUAGGGGAAGAGUGAUCACGACGACGACCACGACCGUGACAACGACAACUACAACAACGGAGGGCGAACCCAUUCAGAUACCACCGGGUGAAGAAGUCAUUGUACGAAAAGAAGAGCAUGCAGUGCCCGCGCAGUCCUGGACAAACACCGGGCCGAAAACACCUCCAAUACCUACAAAGAGCGAGACACGCAACAAAAGCCCCAACGGCGCCUACCCGGUCCCGCAAACUCAGCAACCGGUAGAGGCGCCCGCGAGUCCGACGCUCCAGAACUUCUCGUAUCCCGGGAGACAAUCGGUAGCCACCCCAAAUGGGGGGAGGAGGACGUCUUGGGACCACCAGCAACAGCAUCCCGCGUACCGGAUGCCCCAGACUGAAAAUAGGCCACGACCGCCGAUAGAUCCGUCGUACGGACAGCCGCCGCUGAGCGCGAACUCUACGACCUCACACGACGCUCAUCUUGUGCCCCCGCCGCUUCAGCCGGGGAGCGCGUCUUCCUCGCCAGGAGAACACACAGGUCACCAGCCGCGUCAGAGCACGGCGCAGAGCAUCAGGACCGCCGCGGCGGGAAUACACGGUGCCGGCGAAACCCUCAGAGGCGCGCUCAACUCGAGCAUCGCUCGCAGAAUAGGAGGCUCCUCGGACGAGAUCGCGCAGUACGACGCCAUCGCUGAGCGUGGCCGCCGAGAGAUUGAGACGGGACAGUUCGUCAAACGCCCGACCCCUAUUUCAGAGGCGUCGGAGGGCUCGAUCGACAAUGUGGGUAAGGAGAAGAGGUCUUUGGGGCUGAGGAACAUGCUGAGAAAAAAGAGCCCGGCGUAGAACUUUUGAGCGCGCUCUUCUUACUUCUUCAUGGUCUGCGUUUUUGGGCGAUAGUUUUGGUCAGGUGUUGGAAUGCGGGAUAGUUUAUGAAGUUCAAAGGGCAGCGUUACACUUGGCUCUGUCCAGCCUUCAGCUGCGCGCGUGUACAGAUUACGGAAUCGGGCGAGAAAACAGGGAGUUCCGCUGUAUUUUAAAUGCUAUUUCUUGCUUACAAGAGUAAGCGAUAAUUAUGAGGUAUCGAACAUGCAAGAAAUGAGAAAUGAAAAAGACAUG